AUGGCCGAACGGACAGUGUUGCGCAAAGAUCAGCUGGAAAUCAGCUUACAUAACGAGAAAAAGCUGAUCAAGGAGGGUGCCAUUAAGGACGAUAACCCCCUCGACCUCAGUGAGCCGUUCCGUGACCUAUGCAGUGCAUGCCGUAAGGGCGAUCUGAAAGUCUGCCAGGAGAAGAUCACCGAGGGUGUCAAUGUCAAUGCCCGCGAUCCGUAUGACUAUACACCUUUAAUUCUGGCGAGUCUGUGCGGGCACUAUGAAGUCGUCCAGCUUCUGCUCGAGUCCGGUUCACUGUGUGAGCGAGACACUUUCCAAGGUGAAAGAUGUCUCUAUAACGCGCUGAAUGACCGUAUACGCAAUCUGUUGCUUGAAUAUGAUUAUUCCAAAUCUACCGAUCCGCUGCAGCCACUCGCGGCUCAUAUAUCAUCGCUUCUGACGCGAGAAUCACCGGUAACAACCGAUAUUGUUGUGACCGCCGCCGACGAAUCUCUUUACCUCCAUAAAUUCCUUCUCGCGGCGCGCUCGCCCUACUUCCAGGCCAAACUGGCGACCGCUCCCGAGACCACAACAUGGAAACUUCCUAACACAACCCCUCCGGAGGCAUUCAGCGCCGCUAUCAAAUACCUUUACUUUGGAGAAGCCCCGCGGGAGCUGCGGAGUGGUCCUGGGACCGGGUUCACCGAAUCCGAGGUCUUUGCGGGGAUCGACAAGAUCUCCAAAUACCUGGAGAUUCACAGCCUCGUGGACAGCAUCCUCGAAAGCGGGGAUAGGAGACUUGCAAGGCAAAGGAGAACCAUGGAAUUGGCCAAGGGCCGAGAUCAGCUGGAAGAAUGGUUCCGUCGGAAUGUUCUCGGGAAUAAGGUGGUGGUUGACACUGCCAAAGUGAAUGACGUGAGAUGGGAUCGAAACAAUGCGAUUUUCGCAGAUGUUUUGCUGAGGGCUGAUGAGCUUCCCGAAGAGGCGGACGACACUGCUGGUAAUCCCCAAGAUCCCAACAACGGCACAUCCAAUUCACUGCCCAUCGGUCCAGCAUCUGCCACGGCGGAGUCUGGCGCAUGUGAAGCCCAAAGGUCGACCCUCUUCCCAUGUCACCGGGCAAUGCUAUUGCGCUCGGAGUUCUUCCAGGCCAUGUUCUCAUCCUCGUUCCGGGAGGCCUACGUCAAGGAUCAUUUGCACAUUAUCGAUGUCGACUGCUCGCCGGAGGUGCUGGAGAUCAUUCUAACUUUUAUGUACACGGAGCGAGCCGAUUUCGGACUGGACGUUGCAGUCGAUGUCCUGUUUGCGGCAGAUAUGCUCUUUAUCGAGAAAUUGAAAACCAAAGCCGCCGUGGUGAUCAGCACCCUGGGAAGUGGCGGGAUGUCGCAAGCCGAGGCUGCGAAGACUCGGGGCACCACGGAAGAAGACGACAUCGAUAUCUACGCAAUCAUUCGCGCGGCCUGGCUGACCCGCGUUCAACGCCUGGAGGAGUUUGCAGCUCGGUAUCUGGCAUAUCGACUGGAAGCUCAUAUCGACACGUCAGAAUUUGCGGAACUCAUCCAAGAGUCUGCAUCUCGCAUCCAGGCCCGUCAGGAAACAGACUCGAUCGAGUUGCUGGAUGAUAUCCGGUUUUAUCUCAGCGAGCGCUUUAGGUUGCGAUUUGACGAUGCGGGCCUCGACGAGCUGAUGGAAGAGCCAGCUCGACCGGAAACUGGUGACGCACAUCAACCCUUAGAGGAUGUGGCGAAAAUCACAGAUGGAGUCGAUCGACUGGAUGUCGCCCAGGCGACAAACAUCAGCGAUGUCGCGGCAAGGCAGCCCCAGAAACUGCAAGAGCAUGCUCGUGAAAUCCGGACAUUGGACGGUGCCGUUGCGGAUGAUGAGUUCACUGAAGACGCAAUGAAUUACCAGAUCUUACUGGAGAAACUCGAUAUGCUCUUGGACAAUCUGAAUCUGGAUGCAUGA